UAUACGUUUCGUUUCAAAAUGGCGAUACAUAUACUGCCAUAGGUGCCAUUAACUUUGCCACGAUUUUUCCUUCUGUUCCUUUUGACAUCUUACAAUUCAUUCUUGUCAGAUUGAAUUUCCUUUUUGCUUCAGACUUCCUUUAUCGUUAUCUUGGUGUAUAAUAUUUCAUCAAGAACUGUUCCGGCCUAUAGAAUAUAAACCCCGGCAACGGGAAAGCAAGCUGUCUUGCAAGUUUUCUUGUCCUGCCCGAGUUAUCAAUUGACACUCCGCCUUUAUACCAGGCAUCAUGGUAAGUGGAUGAUGCUUUGUCAAUGAUAUACUCAUGCGCAUUGGAGUAUCAUACUAACGAUACGAUUGAUUGUAGGCCAUGAGGACUCACCUGACAGCCAUCGACACUCGGGUAGAGAUGUUCCAAAAAGGUUACACUAGUCAACCUAGAGAUACUUUUCUUGGGUUCAAGGAAACACAAUAUUAUUCUGAACGACCUUUAUCAUCCGCAACCAUAUUCGACACAGAUUUCGAGGACGACGUAAGUGACGGUGAGGAGUUUGAAGAGAGCCAAAAUGCCCAACAAUAUGUGGAAGAGGCACAAUAUGGAUCAGAUUUUGAAGAAGAUUUGGACUACACGAGCCUGAGCUAUAGAUCAGUAUGUACAAUGUCUCAUUCAUCUUACCUCCUGUACUAACAUGUCACCCUCCAGGGAGGUCGAGCGAGUGAAACUACAUUAUCCUCCUAUGAAGAAGUAUUCACACCCACAUCGGCCACGAACGAAUUCCAAUCUUUCAAUUUCGACUUGAACCCGAAGAAACCGGUCGAGGGACCUCGGGGGCCUCAUCUGUUUCGCAGCUCUGUUUCUUCAUCGAUAGAUAUCCCGAGCCAAUAUGUUUUGGAAAUGUCGCCAAUAACUCCACAACCAUCAACACUUACACCGCUUUAUCAACUUCAUCCUCCCACUCCAAUCUCGCCAGACAGUCCUUCGAGACGCCAGGGAUCAUCCGUAUUGACUGAAAACAUCGCGGAUCUCGACCUGAACAACAUCGUUCAAUGGACACCACGUCAAGUCGCAAGAUGGAUGCACGAUGCAGGUUUCGAGUGGUCAAUCGUUGAAAAAUUCGAAGAAAAUGAUAUUUCCGGUGCCAUUCUGACCACUCUUAAAUUCGAAGAUCUCCGAGAAUUAGGCAUCUCAUCAUUUGGACAACGCACAAAAGUUUGGAACGAAAUCCACGUCCUACGAGGAAGCGCUCCGAGUACACCUAAGCCAGCCACCCCUAUCGAGGAAACUUCCCCGGCCACGGAAUUUCGAAUCAGGAAAGACAGAUCGGAUAGAGGUAGAGAAGAAAAUCGCUCGGCGAGUCAAGAGCGAAACCGAUCUCGAAGACGUAAGGGGUCGAGAAAGGCUCAUAAACACGAGACGGUGUUGCCUUUCGAAUCUAUCUCUAUUGUAGGCAUAGAGCAACUUAUGCCAAAACCACAUAAGUGCUCAAAGGGAGAAAAUUGUGGAAAGUGGAGGAAACAACAACGAUUGAUUGCUGCUUUCAACAAAGAUCAUCCUGUCAGCCCUGAAGGUACGUUUACAACUUGUGACAAAAUAUUCGAGUCUAUACUAAAGAUUGAAACAGAAGGUGGCUCGCUACUUAUUGCUGGAGACCCAGGUAAUGCUCUCACAGCUCGUCCAAUCUCAGAUGCGGUACCUUCAGUGGUUGCAUCCUCAGAUGUUCUUGGUCCAGGCUCAACUCCUACUCUUCGUUAUUUAGAAGAGGAGAGUCUUCGAAAUGUCGCAUUACGUGAUCCCCAAGACAAUGUGAAGCAGUUCAUUAAAUUCCAACAUCUCGCGCCCAGUCAAUCAUCCGAAGAGCCAUCAACUCCUCCAUAUGAGAUGUUCCCACCACUGAAGGGACCUAUCGCCGGUCUUCGGGGCUUACCUAAACUUUCUAUUCCUCCACCUCGUCCCGAACAACCCAUCAGAUCCCAGAGUGCCAACGGAUAUGGCCCUUGCAGCGCAACCGCCAUCCCAAACAGCGCAGUUGCGUUCUCGCCUUACCAAAUGGAACGAGCAGAAGCUCUUUCACCGGAACUCCGAAACGAAACCCGCUCGCCCUCCGUCUAUCGAUUUGGUACCCCCUUUUCCGAAAUGGACGUCCCUGUUACUGCUGUGCCUAUGAGUCCCGUCGCUAGAGAAGCUUCUCAAUCCGUUCCACCUAACAUGACCUAUCGCCCAACCACCAACACAUCCAACAAUCUCUCGAUGAACAACUCUCUCCAGCGCAGUCUUUCCCGUAUUUCUAAUCGUCGUCCCUCCCUACUUCCUCGUGUCGAUGAAUAUCGGGCCACCGACACAACUCAACCCUCCCAACCGGCCCAAGUCCAAAUUCUUCCCAAUGAACCGGCCCGCACCUUCCCCGAAACGACAACCAUCGGUAGAGAUCCUACACGCCCAUUAGGUCUAGCAAGCUCCAUCCGGGCCUACUCCACCACCGACCCCUGGGCUCAAUUCGGCGCGCCAAAUUCCAACUCCGCUCAAGCCUCCACAUCCACGCCAUUACCAGCUCACCCCUCCUCAGCUUCCUCCUCUAACUCUUCCUCCCCAGAGAAAGACGCUCCUUCCUAUGCUGGCUGGAUGAGAAAGCGACGCACAAAAAUGUUGCGUCACGAAUGGCACGAGCACCACUUUACACUUCGAGGCACCACGCUCGCCAUGCACAAAGACGCAAGUGCCAUGGACGUACUCGAAUGCAUCGACGUAGACGAUUACGCCAUAGCAUGUUCAUCCCUCGCGUCAUCAUCCAAACUAAACGCGGCUUUUAAACGAGUUAAUAUUGCGAUGGGUCGCGGAGGCGACCGAGAUAAAAAAGUAGAUGUUUUUGCUUUUCAGUUGAUACCCCAGGCGAUAGAAAAAGGAGUGAGAAUGAAGAAGAGAGAUAGUUUGAUGCCUGGUGGUAUAGGGGGGAAUGGUAACGCGAAUAAUAAAACGCAUUAUUUUGCGGUCAGGAGUCGCGAUGAGAGGAUUGAUUGGAUGAGGGAAUUGAUGUUGGCUAAGGCGUUGAAACAGAAGAGUGAGGGAUAUGAGGUUAACGUCAAUGGGAAUAUGAUUUAGGUUUGUAUGUUUUUUUUCUUUUUGUAUUUAUGGUUGGUUUAUGAUGCUUGAUGAUGGAUGAUGGAUGAUGAUGAUGAUGAUGAUGAUUGAAUGAUUGGGGAUAUAUAUGGGUUUGAUACCACAUUUUUGUUCUUCUAGUUAUAACUUACGACGAAUACCUUUAUGAAUUGGGGACGGGAAGGGAGAGGAGUUUUUGGCGAGUUUUUAUUUUCUGAGAUUUAGCUUUUUUUUUUCUUGAAAAAUUGGACUUGGACUGACUGAGUUCUCGUUCUCGUUCUUUUAUUUUAUUUUAUUUCUUUUGUGAAGGGGUUUUCUUUUGAUCAUUGUUACUUCUAGAUACAUUGGGAGACAUUCAUUUUUCCCUCCUUUUUAUUUCCUUUCUACGAAUACACUGAGAGCAAUCUCCUUUGGUGUGGGGCAUUCAUGUAGUGUUUUAUUUGCUUUGUUAUUUUUAUUUUUCUUCUUGUGUUUAAGCAAUGAUAUGAUAUGGAUGAGAGGGGAUGGCAAAAGAAAAGGAAGAUAGAAAGUCGGAUGGAUGGAUGGAUGAAUGGAUGGUUGGAAGGAUAAAUAAAUAAAAUGAGUGACGGGAAAAGACACGAAUGUUAACGAUGAUUUAAGUACAAAUUGAGAGAGAUAUAACGAGGGAGGAAUUUUGCAAUCAUUAAUUAGUUAGUUGUAUUUAGAGAAAAUGAAAGU